AUGCCUGCGGGAUCGCCUUGGGAGCACAUCCGUAGCACCCGCACGCUGGGAGCCAUCGUCCUGACUCCUGCUUUACACUGCGGGGUGGCCGUGUCGCCCUUCCCUUCCAUGUUGUGUGUGCGCGCAGAUGCGGCUGACCAGAAUGAGUUUGAAGAAGAGGAGGAGGAGGAGGAGGAAGGCCUGGAUGACUUCUUUCCUGAAUUGCUGUCUGAAACUGCUUCCCCAAUGACCUUGGAAGGAAGGAUGACUCUGAAAAGCAAGAUGACCCUUCUAGAACUUUCAGAUGAAGCAAGUGUGCAAGGUCAGAUGUCAGGUCUCUCUGUUGGGUCUGCAUUGAGUGAUCUGGAGCAAAGAUUUGUGACUGAAAGUGUGGAACACGUACCCCAGUUAACAAAACAGAAGGCUGACCGUCUGUAUUUCUAUGUGGCUCUUGAUGAAAUUCCUGAAGAAUUUAUAUCCGGUGAUAUUGUAUACUUUCUGAGAGACACCAAAGAAACAAUUACUGAACCUAAUGACCUGGCUGAAGCUAAUGAGAUUCUUCCUAAAAUGAUAGAGUUUGGCACACUGACUGGUCACACUCUUUUGAUGUUGAAGAAUGUCUUUGCACAGCAGCAGGCUGAGGAAGCUGAGGCUGCAAAAAGGAAAGAACAGACUGUGGAAUACUGUAAUAUUAAAAUAAUGAGGAAUGAGUUUCUAAUGAACAUGCAAAAAUUCUUAAGCCAUAUUCAACGGACAAUACAACAAAUUGAAGGAAAGGUUAAACUGGAAAUGCCAGAUGUAAAUCUAGAUGAAGAAGUGACUGUUCUUGCUAAAGCUCCAGAAGUGGUUGAAACCCUCGAAGGUUAUGCAGUUACCUGGCAAAAAUUAUUAUCCACAGCUGUAGGGGAACAGCUGAAAAAGGUCCCGCAGGGUAAUGGUCCACUGGCAGAAAUUGAUUUCUGGCGGGAAAGAAAUGCUACUUUAAGUGCUCUUUCUGAACAGAUCAAGCUUCCAGAAGUGAAAAAAAUCUUGGCAGUACUGCAAGAAGCUGAAUCUGAGCAUUUUGAAAGUUUACAGAAUGUCUUAACUGAUCUCCGAAAACAACAUGUGGAAGCUCUAGAUAAUGUUAGGUUUCUUUCAACUCUUGAGCGCCAUUUGAAGAAUUUGACACAUGGCACUGGGUUUAAUGUUGUGCUGGAUACAAUUCCUUCACUGAUGAAUGCCCUGCGAAUGGUGUGGAUUAUCUCACGGCACUACAACAAGGAUGAGAGGAUGGUGCCACUCAUGGAACGAAUUGCAUGGGAAAUUUCAACAAGAGUGUGCAAAGUUGUGGAUUUACGUACCCUGUUUAAAGAGGAUAGAACUGCUGCAAAAAAUAAAGUAACAGAAGCUAAAAGCACUCUUGAAGAAUGGAAGAAAUCUUAUUUUACUGUUCGUGCCCAAAUUGAAGCAUCAGGAAGAGAGCAGCGUUGGGAAUUUGACCGAAAACGUUUAUUUGAAAAAACAGAUUAUAUGGCUUCAAUCUGUCAAGAUCUGUAUGAUACUUUGCAGGUCAUUGAAGAGUUCUAUAAUAUAUUUGGUCCUGAACUUAAAGCUGUCACGGGUGAUCCAAAGCGUAUUGAUGAUGUAUUGAGAAGAGUAGAUGGACUAACUGGUCCUAUGGAGCAGCUGACUUUUGACCCUUUUAGCAUCAAAUGUGCAUCUCAGUGGAGAUUUGUUAAGGAAGAAUUUAAAGAAGGAGUUUUAGUUAUUGAAGAAGAGGCCAAAAACUUUGUUGACGAAUCUUUUAAGACCCUUCGGUCAGCAGAAGCUGCGUUUGACAUGCUGUUAAACUUUAAACACAUCCGCUCUCGUGAAGCCAUUAAUAAGCAGAUGAUGAUGAAGUUCAAUGAUAUUUUGGACCAAUAUUGUAAAGAGGUUGGAAAUGUUAAGCAGAUCUUCAUUCAGAACUUCAAAAAUCCUCCUCUGUGCAAGAACCAUCCUCCAGUGGCUGGAGCCAUAUACUGGUCCCGAUCCCUUUUCUAUCGGAUCAAACACACUAUUAUUCGAUUUCAGGAAGCGGAGGAGUUGCUUGCUAGUGAACGUGGAAAGGAAGUAAAACAGAUAUAUCUUCAAGUGGCCAAGAAGAUGAAAGAAUAUGAAGAUCAGAAGUAUAGUCAGUGGAGAGAUGGGACAGAACAGAUACUUCCACAACUCUUGAAAAAAACUCUGCUGACUAAAGUCAUUUCUACUGGGCCUAUAACACGCACUAACCCAGAGGGUUCUGAGCAGAAUUCUCUAGCAGAUGAGCCUAUCGCCAUGGAGAAAUCUGUCCAUUUCAGUGUGAAUUUUUCUCCCAGACUCUAUGAGAUUAUCAGUGAAACAAAGUACAUGGAACAAAUGGGGUUUCCAAUCCCAGAAAUGGCAAGAAAUGUAGCAUUACAAGAAGACAAAUAUCUCAAGUACAUAGAUGGACUGAAAAACAUGCUGGAUCACUAUGACCGAUUAAUGGGAGCAUUAGAUGAAGCAGAAACCAAGCUUCUUGAUGAUCAUAUUCAAGAGCUGUGGAGAGUAUUCAGAUCAGGACACAGGAGACUCAAUUGGAAUUCCUUAGGUAUUAGUGACUUCAUCGUCCGCUGUACACAAGCCAUUGGGAAAUUUGAAUCACUUAUCCAUCAGAUUCAUAAGAAUUCUGAAGACAUAAAUAACAAACUUCUGCUAAUAGAAUCAACAAAUCUCUUUAAGUCUCCACCUUCAAAAAAUGGUGAUGAGCUCCCCAAAGUGAAAGAAUAUUUUGAGCAUGUUAAGUGUGAAAGAGUAAAAGACGUGGAACACAUGGUCAGAAGAUAUAUGGCUAUUGGACCAUUGCUAACAAAGGUGGAAGGGUUGGUUGCCAAUACAAACAGUGGCAAAUCUCCCAAAUUAUUUUCCUAUUAUGCAUACUGGGAAAAUAGGAUUUAUCAGGUGUUGAUACAGUUAAUUCUGAAGAAUUUGCAGUCUUUUAAUGCCUCCAUUGUUGCAAAUGUGCCACUGUUCCAAACAGAAACUAUUUUGUCUGCUCCUGAGAUAAUCUUGCAACCUAAUGCCAGUGAGAUUGACAAAAUGACUGUAGAGUGUAUUCGAGACUGUGUUGAAGUCACUAAGCAUUUUGUGCGAUGGAUGCAUGGCACGUGUAUUGAAUGCCCUCCUCAGCGGGUUGAGGAUGAUGAAAUUAUCACCUUGAGUUUUUACAGCGACAUCUCCCAGAACCCUCUGAUAAUUGAACAGGCUGUUCUCAUCACUCAGAAUGUCCACAAACUUCUGGCCUUUCUCAGCAAUUAUUUGAACCGAUGGAAGAGAUAUCGUCUGCUGUGGAAAUUAGACAAAGACAUAGUCAUGGAGAAAUUUGCUGCCAGGAAACCUGCUUGUGUCAUCUUUGAUGAAAAGUUGCAGUUCUAUACAAAGAUAGCUCAAGAUGUGACUCAGCAGACAUUGGUUAAAGAUGUGCGGUUUAUCAGGCUUCAGCUGGGACCUUUAGCCUACACCUUGCAGGAAAAUGCCAGAGGCUGGGUGAUUUCACUUGGAAAGUUGCUUAAUGAGUCUGCAAAGGAGGAACUUCUAAAUCUUCAGGAGCAGAUUGAGAGAUUAUCACAGGAUCUGAAGACACCUCCUGAUUCACUGGAAGAUCUCAAAUUUGUCCUUGGCACAAUUGCAGAGAUCAAGGACAUAUCCUUCAAGGUGGAACUGAAAUAUCUGGACAUCCAGGAGAGAUACCGAACUCUUGCAAUGUACAAUAUUCCAGUACCUAAAGAAGAGCAAGAGAUGUCUGACAAGAUUAGGGAAAAGUGGGAGACUCUUUUAGAUGAGGCAUCGGAAGUUGAUCACAGCCUUGGAAGCAUAAAGAAGACAUUUACAGAGAUUACACGGCAGCAAGUUGGGGACUACAGUAAAGAGAUAGCAGAUUUCUUCCAUAGAUUCACGACAGAGGGACCUGGCGCUGUUGGGGAAGAUCUUGAUAGAGGAUUGGAACUCAUGGACAUUUUCGAAAAAGAAUUGGAAAAUCUGGAAAAAAGUCAUCAGGAACUGGGCAAUGCUGAGAAACUUUUUGACUUGCCAAUCACAUUAUACCCUGAGUUAUUUAAAGCACAAAAUGAUAUGAGAGGUCUAAAGCAGAUCUAUGAAAUUUAUAAAUUACAAAGAGAAGCUAAAGAGGAAUGGUCUCAGACACUCUGGAUAAACCUCAAUGUCCAGUUUCUUCAGGAAGGAAUUGAAGGAUUUCUUAAAAGCCUUCGAAAGCUGCCCAAACAAGUCCGCAGUAUGCCAGUGGCCUUUCACUUGGAAGCAAAAAUGAAGGCGUUUCGAGACUCCAUUCCUUUAUUGCUUGAUUUAAAAAAUGAAGCUUUAAGAGACAGGCAUUGGCAAGAGCUUAUGGAAAGAACAGGAACAAGUUUUGAAAUGACGACAGAAACAUUCACUUUGGAGAAUAUGUUUGCUAUGGAGCUUCACAGACAUUCAGAUGUUAUCAGUGAAAUAGUUGGAACUGCUGUUAAGGAGCUUAGCAUCGAGAAGGGUGUAAAGGAAAUAGUAGAAACAUGGGAACACAUGAAAUUCACUGUACAAAAAUACUUCAAAGGCACUCAGGAACGAGGCUUUAUUCUGGGAUCUGUGGAUGAGAUUAUACAGAUUCUUGAUGACAACACUGUCAAUCUUCAGAGCAUUUCAGGCAGUCGAUUUGUGGGCCCUUUCCUGUCAACUGUUCAUCACUGGGAAAAAACUCUGUCAUUGAUUGGUGAAAUAAUUGAGGUCUGGAUGGUGGUUCAGAGAAAAUGGAUGUAUCUGGAGAGUAUCUUUAUAGGUGGGGAUAUAAGAUCGCAACUUCCAGACGAAGCAAAAAAAUUUGACAGCAUAGAUGCAAUGUUUAGAAAGAUAAUGGAUGAAACUGUAAAAGAACCAAUAAUAAAAAAAACCUGCGAAGCCCCAAAUCGGCUGUCAGACCUCCAUCAUAUAAAUGAUGGGCUAGAAAAAUGUCAGAAAAGCUUGAAUGAUUAUUUGGAUUCAAAGCGAAAUGCAUUUCCAAGAUUUUUCUUUAUAUCUGAUGAGGAGUUGCUUAGUAUCCUUGGUAGCAGUGACCCACUCUGUGUCCAGGAACACAUGAUAAAGAUGUAUGAUAACAUAGCUUCCCUGAGGUUUCGGGAUGGUGAUGGCGGGGAGAAGAUUGCAACAGCCAUGAUUUCAGCAGAGGGAGAGGUGAUGGAGUUCCGCAAGGCUGUAGCUGCAGAAGGCAGAGUGGAGAACUGGAUGACAGCAGUGCUGGUAGAAAUGAGACGGACUAACAGGCUCCUUACUAAAGAAGCCAUUUUUAGAUACUGUGAAGACAGAAGCAGGGUUGAAUGGAUGUUACUGUACCAAGGCAUGAUGGUGCUGGCUGCUAACCAGGUGUGGUGGACCUGGGAGGUGGAAGAUGUCUUUCGAAAAGUGAAAAAGGGAGAAAAACAGGCAAUGAAACAUUAUGCUAAAAAAAUGCAUCAGCAAAUUGAUGACCUGGUUACCUGCAUUACAAAGCCCCUGAGUAAAAAUGACAGGAAAAAAUACAACACUGUUCUUAUUAUUGAUGUGCAUGCUAGAGAUAUUGUCGAUACAUUCGUAAGAGACAGCAUUCUGCAGGCUCAGGAGUUUGAGUGGGAAAGCCAGCUACGUUUUUACUGGGAUCGAGAGCCGGAUGAACUGAAUGUGCGGCAGUGCACGGGCACGUUUUCCUAUGGCUAUGAGUAUAUGGGUUUGAAUGGACGACUCGUCAUCACCCCACUUACAGAUCGCAUUUAUCUUACGCUCACACAGGCUUUAUCCAUGUUUUUGGGAGGAGCACCAGCAGGGCCAGCAGGUACAGGGAAAACAGAAACAACCAAAGAUCUGGCCAAAGCCCUGGGCUUGCUGUGUGUAGUGACAAACUGUGGCGAAGGCAUGGAUUUCAAAGCUGUUGGUAAAAUUUUCUCUGGUCUUGCCCAGUGUGGAGCAUGGGGAUGUUUUGAUGAAUUCAAUCGUAUUGAUGCUUCUGUACUUUCAGUCAUUUCUUCUCAGAUUCAGACUAUUCGAAAUGCUUUAAUGAAUCAUCUGAAAACAUUUCAGUUUGAAGGACAGGAAAUUACUCUUGAUAACCGAAUGGGCAUUUUUAUUACUAUGAAUCCUGGCUAUGCUGGUCGAACUGAGCUCCCUGAGUCUGUAAAAGCUUUGUUCAGGCCUGUGGUUGUUAUUGUACCAGAUCUCCAGCAAAUCUGUGAAAUCAUGCUCUUUUCUGAAGGAUUCCUUAUGGCAAAGACCCUUGCCAAAAAGAUGACAGUACUAUACAAGCUGGCUAAAGAACAACUUUCUAAACAACAUCAUUAUGAUUUUGGACUGCGAGCCCUCAAGUCGGUGUUGGUGAUGGCUGGAGAGCUGAAAAGGGGAUCAGCCGACCUCAGUGAGGAUGUCGUACUGAUGAGAGCUCUACGAGAUAUGAAUCUUCCUAAAUUUGUGUUUGAAGAUGUACCUCUCUUCCUUGGCCUAAUUUCUGACCUGUUUCCUGGCCUGGAUUGUCCCCGAGUCCGCUACCCUAACUUUAAUGAUGCUGUAGAACAAGUGCUGGAAGAAGAGGGUUAUGUUGUUUUACCAGUCCAGGUGGAUAAAGUAGUUCAGAUGUAUGAGACAAUGCUAACUCGUCACACUACAAUGGUGGUUGGACCUACCGGAGGUGGCAAGACAGUUGUCAUUAAUGCUUUGUGCCACGCUCAAACCAAGCUGGGAUUACUGACAAAGCUUUACACACUGAAUCCUAAAGCUAUGAGUGUGAUUGAACUAUAUGGGAUCCUUGACCCUACCACACGAGACUGGACAGAUGGAGUCCUGUCAAACAUCUUCCGGGACAUCAACAAGCCUACUGACAAGAAAGAGCGAAGAUACAUUCUUUUUGAUGGAGAUGUGGAUGCUCUCUGGGUGGAAAAUAUGAAUUCUGUGAUGGAUGACAACAAAUUAUUGACCUUAGCAAAUGGGGAGCGGAUUAGGCUCCAGGCACAUUGUGCUCUUUUGUUCGAAGUUGGAGAUCUACAGUAUGCAUCUCCUGCCACAGUAUCCCGGUGUGGAAUGGUCUUUGUAGAUCCUAAAAAUUUGAAAUACAAGCCUUACUGGCAAAAGUGGACCCAAGAAAGAGGAAAUGAGCAAGAGAGAAAUGAAUUGAAUCAUCUUUUUCAAAAAUAUGUGCCCUACCUUAUUGAUAUGAUCAUAGAGGGGAUUGUGGAUGGCAGACAAGGAGAAAGGCUGAAGACUAUUGUUCCUCAAACAGAUUUAAAUAUGGUAGUGCAGUUGACUAUGAUGUUGGAAGCUCUAAUCGUGACACAAUAUGAUGAGCCUGAUAUUCUGGAGUGCUUUUUCUUGGAAGCUUUAUAUUGCUCCCUAGGCGCUGCUCUUCUUGAUGCUGGAAGAAUUAAGUUUGAUGAAACAGUUAAACGUAUUUCCUCUAUGUCUACUGUUCAUGAUGAUAACAUCCUAGCUAAGCCUGGGGAGUUGCCAGGUCAGCUGCCAACUUUGUAUGACUUCCAUUUUGAUGUCCUUAAAAAAAGGUGGAUACCUUGGAUGAAACUUGUUCCUGAAUAUAUUCAUAAGCCUCAAAAGAAAUUUCUUGACAUUUUAGUGCCUACAGUGGAUACCACACGCACUACUUGGUUGCUAGAACAGAUGGUAAAAAUAAAACGCCCAGUUGUUCUUGUUGGUGAAUCGGGUACUUCAAAAACUGCGACUACACAAAACUUCCUAAACCAUCUGAACAAAGACCUUAAUCUGCUGCUAGUAAUUAACUUCUCUUCUCGCACCACAUCAAUGGACAUUCAGAGAAACCUAGAGGCAAAUGUAGAGAAACGGGCUAAAGACACUUACGGCCCCCCUAUGGGAAAGCGUCUCCUCGUUUUCAUGGACGAUAUGAAUAUGCCAAGGGUUGAUGAGUACGGCACACAGCAACCUAUUGCCUUGUUGAAGCUGCUGCUAGAAAAAGGUUUCUUGUAUGACCGCGGGAAGGAGAUGACCUGUAAACUUCUUCGAGACCUGGGUUUUAUUGCUGCCAUGGGGAAAGCUGGAGGAGGUCGGAAUGAGAUUGACCCUCGAUUCAUCUCACUUUUCAGUGUUUUUAAUGUACCUUUUCCUUCUGAGCAAUCACUGAACUUGAUCUAUGCUUCCAUCCUGAAAGGCCAUACUGAGAUGUUCAAUGAAUCUAUAGCAGCCAUCGCUGACAAGAUGACAGUGUGUACUUUGGAGCUUUAUAAAAUGAUUGUCCAUGAUCUACCCCCUACUCCUUCCAAAUUCCAUUACAUUUUCAAUCUGCGGGAUCUUUCGAGGAUCUAUAAUGGGCUUGUUCUUACAACUCCAGAGAGGUUCCAAACAGUUGCCCAGAUGGUGAGAGUCUGGAGAAAUGAGUGUCUGAGGGUUUUCCAUGACAGGCUGAUUAAUGAAGCAGACAAGGCAUUGGUACAAGGCCAUAUAAAGCACCUGAUUGAGGAGAAUUUCCCAGACGAUUUGGAGCAGGCCAUGAGGGAUCCUAUUCUUUUUGGAGAUUUCAGAACAGCGCUGAGUGAAGGAGAGCCUCGUAUUUAUGAAGAUAUUCAAGACUAUGAUGCAGCAAAAGCUCUCUUUCAGGAGAUUUUGGAAGAAUAUAAUGAAUUUAAUAUUAAAAUGAAUCUGGUUCUUUUUGAUGAUGCUCUGGAGCACUUAAUCCGUGUACAUCGCAUCAUACGGAUGGACCACGGCCAUGCCCUGCUCAUAGGAGUAGGAGGCUCAGGCAAGCAGUCCCUUACGAGACUGGCUGCAUAUACAGCUGGAUGUGAGGUAUUUGAGAUCAUCUUGAGUCGAGGAUAUGGGGAGAAUAACUUCCGAGAAGAUUUGAAAAAAUUGUAUCUAAAGCUGGGCAUUGAGAACAAGUCCAUGAUCUUCUUGUUUACGGAUUCCCAUGUAGCAGAAGAGAGUUUCCUGGAACUCAUCAACAACAUGUUAACUUCAGGAAUGGUGCCAGCCCUGUUUCCAGAUGAUGAAAAAGACACUAUAUUAAGUCAGAUUGGAGAUGAAGCUACUAAAGCUGGAAUGAGUCCAACUAAAGAGAGUGUCUGGCAAUAUUUUGUAAAUAAAUGUGCAUGCAACCUCCAUAUUGUCCUGGGAAUGUCCCCAGUUGGGGACACUCUGAGAAUGUGGUGCAGGAAUUUUCCAGGUCUUGUCAACAACACUGGUAUUGACUGGUUCUUGCGCUGGCCUCCCCAAGCCCUGUAUGCAGUUGCAAAAUCCUUUGUCGGAGCUAGCCCACGUGUCCCAUCAGAGAGCUCGGAGCUGGUGAUUCAGCACAUAGUCAUGGUACAUGAAUCUGUCGGACAUUUCAGCAAGAAGUUUCUGCAGAAAUUGAGACGGAGCAACUAUGUCACACCAAAGAAUUACCUUGAUUUUAUCCAUACAUAUUCAAAAUUGCUUGAGGAGAAAAAUGAGUUCAUUUUAGCGCAAUGUAAGCGGCUGGAGGGGGGCUUAGAUAAACUGAAAGAAGCCAGUAUACAGCUGGUUGAACUGAACAAGAAACUGGCAGAGCAAAAGAUUGUACUAGCAGAAAAGUCAGCGGCCUGUGAGGCUUUGUUACAAGAGAUUUCAACAAACACAGCAGUAGCUGAGGAGAAGAAAAAAAUGGCUGAAGAAAAAGCUGUGGAAAUUGAGGAGCAGAAUAAGAUUAUUGGUGUGGAGAAGAAGGAGGCUGAGACAGCCUUGGCUGAGGCCUUGCCUAUUUUAGAAGCUGCCAAACUGGAGCUGCAGAAGCUUGACAAAUCUGAUGUUACUGAGAUCAGAUCAUUUGCGAAACCCCCUAAGCAGGUGCAGACUGUCUGUGAAUGUAUUCUCAUAAUGAGAGGGUACAAAGAAUUAAACUGGAAGACAGCCAAAGGAAUGAUGUCUGAAGCUAAUUUCCUGCGAUCCCUAAUGGAGAUAGAUUUUGAUGGAAUUACUCAGGGCCAAGUGAAAGCUGUACGAGCUCUGUUAAAGAAUCUUAAUACUACCUUUGAGGAGAUGGAAGUUGUCAGCAGAGCAGGACUGGGAAUGUUGAAGUUUGUGGAAGCAGUGAUGAGUUACUGUGAUGUGGCUAAAGAAGUCAGGCCAAAGAGAGAGAAGGUGGCUAGACUAGAACGGAACUAUUUCUUAAGUAAACGGGAACUGGAAAAGAUACAGGCAGAACUGGCUAAAAUUCAGGAUGAGUUGAAAGCUUUGGGUAGGAAAUAUGAAGAAGCAAUAGCAGAAAAGCAACAGUUACAAGAAGAAGCAGAGAUUAUGCAGAGAAGAUUAAAUGCUGCUGACAAGCUCAUCUCUGGCUUGGGAUCUGAAAAUGAGAGGUGGACAAAAGAUUUAGAGGAAUUCAAAAUACGAAAAGUGAAGUUGCUUGGAGACUGUCUGCUCUGUGCUGCCUUUCUGAGCUACGAAGGAGCAUUCAACUGGGAGUUCCGUAAUGAAAUGGUCUAUCAAGUGUGGCAAGAAGAUAUCCUUUCACGAGAGAUUCCACUCAGUCAACCUUUUAGAUUAGAAAGCCUCCUGACUAAUGAGGUUGAAGUUAGCAGGUGGGUUUCCCAAGGAUUGCCUCCGGAUGAGCUCUCCGUCCAAAAUGGCAUUCUGACAACAUACGCAAGUCGUUUCCCGCUUUGUAUUGACCCACAGCAGCAGGCAUUAAAUUGGAUUAAGAAGAAAGAAGAAAAGAAUAGCCUGAGG